GAAGGUGUGCCAUCCCUCGCCCAGCCUACUAUUUGUUUUUAUUGUUGAUUAUUCUACUGGAGAUCAGAAAAACUAGCGGCACAAUGAAGAAAAAGGUGCUGCUGAUGGGGAAGAGCGGAUCGGGGAAGACCAGCAUGCGAUCCAUUAUCUUUGCCAACUACAUCGCCCGUGAUACGACACGCCUCGGAGCCACAAUCGAUGUGGAGCACUCGCACGUGCGCUUCCUGGGCAACCUGGUGCUCAAUCUCUGGGACUGCGGCGGCCAGGAGGGCUUCAUGAAGCAGUACUUCGCCCAGCAGCGGGACAACAUCUUUCGCAACGUCGAGGUGCUCAUCUACGUGUUCGAUGUGGAGAGCCAGGAGAUCGAGCGCGACAUCCACUACUACCAGAGCUGCCUGGAGGCGCUGCUGCAGAACUCGCCGGAGGCCAAGAUCUUCUGUCUGGUGCACAAAAUGGAUCUGGUGCCGGAGGAGCAUCGCGAGAAUGUGUUUACGGAGCGCAUGGAGGAUCUCAUCAAGCUGUCGAAGCCGGGGAAUGUGACUUGCUUUCGCACCAGCAUUUGGGACGAAACCCUGUACAAAGCCUGGUCUUCCAUUGUCACCAUGCUGAUUCCGAAUGUGGCGGCCCUUGAGGACUCCGUGACACACUUCGCAUCCGUGAUCGAGGCCGAUGAGGUGCUGCUGUUCGAGAAGGCCACCUUCCUGGUGAUCUCCCAUUGCCAGAGCAAGAAGAACCGCGACUCGCACCGCUUCGAGAAGGUGUCCAACAUCAUCAAGCAGUUCAAGCUGAGCUGCUCCAAGCUGGGCGCCAAGUUCCAGUCGAUGGAGGUGCGCAACAGCGCCUUCGCCGCCUUCAUUGACACCUUCACCAGCAACACGUACGUGAUGGUGGUCAUGUCGGAUCCCACGCUGCCCUCGGAGGCCACGCUAGUCAACAUAAGGAACGCCCGCAAGUACUUCGAGGAGCUGGAGAACCCGAGCAACAGUGCCAUGAACCACCACGGCCACAAGUACCACUGAUUUCCGUACUCCCAAUUGCCGUUCGCCGUUCAAAAAGACAUGAAAAGCGUCUGUUGUUGUGCACACAUCGAAGCGCCCAAGGUGCCGCCCCCCCAAAGUCUUACCGCUUCCCGUAACUAUAAAUACGUAUAUGUUUUUUAUCGCUCACUUACUUU